AGUUGACUUGAUUCCAUAUCUCCCUGAGCUAUCUCGUCAGGCGAGUGUACUAAAUGAACCGGAUCAAAGCUAUCGAUUUAGCAAAUCAAAAGGAGUUAAAGCUUGGCAUAUCAGACUCCGCCAGCUGGCACGCGGACUAUGCGCAUUCCCCCUACAUUUAUGUCGGGGGACUUCCUUUCGAUCUCACCGAGGGUGAUAUCAUAACUGUUUUUUCUCAGUAUGGAUACGUUGAGCACAUCAAUUUGAUUCGUGACAAGAAGACAGGGAAGUCGAAGGGUUUUUGUUUCCUUGGAUACGCUGACGUGAGAAGUACCGUUUUGGCCGUCGACAACCUCAACGGCAUUAACUUGGUCGGUCGGCGUAUCAGUGUCGACCAUGUGAAAAAGUACAACAGGCCAGAAAAAGAGCACUCUGAAGAAAGUGCAGAGCCCAAUUUGGAGGACGCUCACAAGAAAGACCACGACCGAGCACAUAGAAAAGAAUCGAAAAGAAAGAGGGAGCAGAAGCUUUUGGACGCCAUGAGGAGGGCCGUGAGUCAAGACAGGCAUACGCAGGAAGAGUUGUUGGAGGAAUACACAAAGAAAAAAAAGGCAAGGGAAGAAAGAAAAAGCACGUCGAGGGUGGAUUGAAAAAGGUUCCCAUUUUAUCGCAGAAGCGCGAAAGACGUUAAAAUGGUGCGUCUUUGUUUGUCCCUCGAAUGGGAAUGCGAGAUAGGGUUACCAUCCGCGGCGUUGAGCUGCCCUAUGCGGUGUCAGGCGUGGCUGUUUUUUUAGCAGGUGAGUCCGUUAGACGGUACGGUACACUCGAAAGGCGGACCUCGUGCUGCGCGCGACUGCAUGAAUGCAAGCACCGAAUUUGACAAGACUCCGCCUCGCGUCAGUUGCGAUGUCUAU